AUGCCUCGAUUCACUACCAACCACUGCGACACGCUCAUCGACACCAUCAUCGCCAAUUGGCUCGAGUGUCCCUCGCGCCUGCUAGACGACGAGAUCCAGCCCACCGAAAACCCCAGAGACUGGGACAUCGGCCUGCUCGCCGCCCUCGCUGACCUCACCGAGAUCACCAGCAUGGAAGAUGGUGACGAUACGAAGCGCACCACGGCGCUGCAGAUGCUGCAGAGUCCAUGUGAGGCGCGCUGCGUGUAUGCCAACGACCCGCAGGAGGCGCUGGAUUUGAAGGCGCUGAGAGUGGAGGACGUCGAGUCGGUCAUCAGACAGAUGGGCGGCCGCAAAGAGAAGGCGAAGCCGCAGACUCGUGUCAGCGUCGCGGCUGGUGAGCCUGUCCCGCUGCGUUUGGAGAGCACUGAGAUGGUUCCGCGUGUCGCGACGCCGUAUCCGUCGUCGCAACAGGUGUCGCGGGCGGGUACGCCUGACCCUUCUUACGACUCCCUCUUCGGCAGUUCGCCCUCGCCAGAGCUCAUCCAGGCGCCGACAUUGCCGUCUGAGCAGCCGACCCGCCUGACUUCAGGCCUCUGGCAGCCUCCUGGCCCCCUUUUCGCGUCGCGCUUGCAGCCAACGCACGCUGUGCCGCACUCCCCGGUGCGCCAGCGCCUGGUGCUUUCAGAGGAGCGACGCAAGAUCAUUCGCGCGCGCAAGAUGCGCAACCUCAGGAAUCAGCUUGAGGGCCAGAACUUCGGUUUCGACCGGACUGUGACGAAACGAGAGUUGUGGGAGAUGGAGGAUGAGGCGGAGGAUGAGGAGCAGCAGGAGCAGGAGUCGAAGAGGAUGAGGUUUGAGUAG